AUGGCCAACCCAAAGACUUCUACUGGUGCGCGCAUUGUCCGGUGGUGCAGCCGCGCCUUGCGCCGCCUCACCGGCUCCCGCCGUGACCGUCGGAAGACGGGAAGGACGUCCAAGCACCAUGUGCAUGGCGCUACCCCAACGCAAUCGCGCUCCACUCGGCGCAGCGAUCGCUACACGGGCGAGAAUCGAUCUUGGAAGAAGGUUGGUUACGAUGGUGAUGGCGUGUAUGAGUGGCAAUGGCUCCCCACAGGGGAGACGUUUUCGUCAACCGCUGGGGAUUCGCGCCAGCUACCCCAAGAACCUCCGCGGUAA